CUGCAUUCCCACUUUCACUCUGUCACUACUCGCAGACACCUCUGGCUGUGGGAGCUUUCCCUUAAAUGUUGGUUCCUCUACAGUUCUCAUCUUACAAUUAGCUCCUCAGCUAAGCUUUAGACCUUCACUCCCCAAAAUGUCUGAUCUUGAAACCCCUCUGCGUCCAAAGAGGAAGACGGCCGUUGUGGACUUUCUAGUUCAAUUUCGAUGGAUUGUUGUUAUCUUUGUUGUCCUCCCCAUCUCCUUCACCAUUUACUUUCUCACAUACCUUGGGGAUGUAAGAUCUGAGAUGAAGUCCUACAAGAGGCGUCAAAAGGAACAUGACGAAAAUGUCCAGAAGGUUGUAAAACGACUCAAAGAAAGGAACCCAUCAAAGGAUGGUCUUGUUUGCACAGCACGAAAACCAUGGAUAGCUGUUGGAAUGCGAAAUGUUGACUACAAGCGAGCUCGUCAUUUUGAGGUUGAUUUGUCUGCUUUCCGAAAUGUCCUUGAAAUUGAUAGAGAGAGAAUGAUUGCAAAAGUUGAGCCAUUAGUCAACAUGGGGCAGAUAACUAGGGUAACAGUUCCAUUGAAUCUUGCCCUUGCUGUGGUUGCUGAGUUUGAUGAUCUUACUGUUGGUGGCCUCAUUAAUGGCUAUGGAAUUGAAGGAAGCUCUCACAUCUAUGGGCUGUUCUCUGAUACUGUUGUGGCUUAUGAGAUAGUUCUAGCAGAUGGUCGAGUUGUCAGAGCCACCAAAGAUAAUGAGUACUCUGAUCUUUUCUAUGCUAUUCCAUGGUCUCAGGGAACAUUGGGGCUUCUAGUCUCUGCCGAGAUCAAGCUUAUACCGAUAAAGGAAUACAUGAGGCUGACAUACAAACCUGUUGUGGGCAAUCUUCAAGAUAUUGCACAGGCAUAUAGUGAUUCUUUUGCUUCCAGAGAUGGAGAUCAGGACAACCCUGAGAAGGUUCCAGACUUUGUUGAAACCAUGAUAUACACUCCAACAGAAGCUGUGUGCAUGACAGGGAGAUAUGCAUCAAAAGAAGAGGCCAAGAAGAAGGGGAAUGUGAUUAAUGAAGUUGGGUGGUGGUUUAAACCCUGGUUCUACCAGCAUGCGCAGAAAGCACUGAAGAAAGGGGAGUUUGUGGAAUAUAUCCCAACAAGGGAAUAUUACCACAGGCACACUAGGAGUAUCUAUUGGGAGGGAAAGCUUAUCCUUCCAUUUGCUGAUCAGUGGUGGUUUAGAUUCUUUUUGGGCUGGAUGAUGCCCCCCAAGAUUUCUCUGCUCAAGGCUACUCAAGGUGAAGCCAUUAGAAACUAUUACCACGACAUGCACGUCAUUCAAGACAUGCUUGUUCCUCUUUACAAGGUUGGGAAUGCUUUAGAAUGGGUUCACCAUGAGAUGGAGGUGUACCCCAUUUGGCUCUGUCCUCAUAGAAUGUACAAGAGUCCCAUCAAGACAAUGAUAUACACUGAACCGGGGUUUGAGCACCAUCACAGACAGGGAGACACGCAUUACUCUCAGAUGUACACAGAUGUUGGGGUCUACUAUGCACCAGGCCCUGUGUUGAGGGGUGAGGUUUUUGAUGGUUCAGAAGCAGUUCGCAGGAUGGAGAGUUGGCUGAUUGAAAAUCACGGGUUCCAGCCGCAGUAUGCUGUGUCUGAGCUGGAUGAGAAAAACUUUUGGAGGAUGUUUGAUGCAGGGCAUUACGAGUACUGCAGGAGGAAGUAUGGUGCUGUGGGAACUUUCAUGAGUGUGUACUACAAGUCCAAGAAGGGAAGGAAGACCGAGAAGGAGGUGCAGGAAGCUGAGCAAGCCAUCCUUGAGACUCCUUCCGCUGAGGUUGAUGAGCCAGUGGACUAUUGAUUUUGCAAGUUUCGGAUUCUGUUAGGAUUUCUUGCUUUUCUUUUCCUCCCUUGAUUUGUAGUGGUCUGGUAGUUUCUUUUGCUUUAACCCCGCUUCAGCCUUCACUUAAUGUUGUUGUAGCAGAUCUUAUUCGACUGUUUUUCAUUUUGGAUUAUGAGACCUUGGAUUUAAUAACUUGACUGACGUUAAGUAAGUCUUUGUGUCUUUCUUCA